UGCGCCUUUUGAAAAAUGGCCGAAGCGGUUGAAAAGGGCCGGCCACCUGCGAGCGUCGCGCUCCACGCCUGGCUAGUGCGACGCUUGACUUGGUGACUGUCAGCGUGGCCUUCGCAACUGAGGGGGAAAGGAAACCAGGUGGAGUCGCCCAGGAAGUGGCCGCCCGCCAUGCUUGUGCUGCUUUGCAGAUGGGCCACUCCAAGCAUUUUCUGCUGGGCAUGAAUGUCUAUUGUUCUACAAGGCCUGCUCGCAGCGCCAACGCAUCUACCGAGGCACACCCUCACGGAAAAACAAAAGCUUCUAUAACGUCAGGUUGAAGUCCAAAGACUUUGCUUGGCUAAGAGGAAGAUCCUCUUUUUUGUCACGUCCACAAAUUUGACCUCGACAAGUUUCCAACUGCAGAUGCUACAUAUGUGGGGGGCGCGCACGGGCCAACCACGACGGCAAUGUGCCGCAUCUUAGUCGACAUGAAAAACCAUGACGAGAGCCUUCAACCGAGUUGCCACGAAAGGUGCUGGGAAUGCGGCUGCAUCCUGUCUCACUGGUACUACGAGCGAGACGGCCGACCGCACUGCAAGAAGCACUACUGGCAGCGUUACGGCGAAAAAUGUCACGGCUGCAGCGAGACGCUCCAACCGGGACUCGUCAUGGUUGCCGGAGAACAAAAGUUCCACCCCGAAUGCUUCACGUGCAAGAAGUGUCACAUAUUCAUUGGAGACGGAGACAGCUACACGCUGGUGGAACAAGCCAAUCUCUUCUGCGGUCGGUGUUUCAGUCAGGCCGCGGCAGCGUCAGCCGUCGAGAGGCCGCACACGGUGGCGCUGGUAACGCUUCCCGCACAGACAGAUGGCCAUCGAGGUCUGCAGGUGGCCACCGGACUCGGCCAAGGAAGCGGUCCGCUGGUUACCGUGACAGCGUUAGACUCGGACACCCUCGCUCCUGACCUGCUGCCUUCGGUCCACGUUGGAGACAACAUCCUGGAAGUCAACGGCAUUCCCGUCCACAACGUUUGCCCCGACGAGGUCGCGCACGUGAUCCAGGACACGAGCCAACCACUGCAGCUGACCGUCGAACACAAUCCACGGUCCGAGACCGCCGCCGACGUCCACGCAGACCUCAACCGCGUCUGUGAAAACGUACCCUGCGCACACGCGCUCCCAAACCUGGAUGAGGAGCCUGUGUCGGGGGUGGAGACGGUGGCGCCCAUCAGGACGGGUCUCUUCUCGCCUCACCGGCGAGGAGCCGCGGGAGCGCGAUCGCGAAACAUCUUGCGCAGCUGCAGCAUCGAAAAGUCUUCUCUGUCACUCUCAUCCCAGCGGAAAGACAUGGUGCGCUCAGAGUCUCUGCGUACCGACCCCGAAGAUCGAACCCAUCGCAUCUUCAGGCCUUCGGACCUCAUCCACGGAGAAGUGCUGGGCAGAGGCUUCUUCGGACAGGCCGUCAAGGUGACGCAUCGGGAGACAGGAGAGGUGAUGGUGAUGAAAGAGUUGAUACGUUUUGAUGAGGAGACGCACAAGACUUUCCUGAAGGAGGUCAAGGUGAUGCGCUGUCUGGAUCAUCCCAAUGUCCUCAAGUUCAUUGGACUAUUCUACAAGGACAAGCGCAUACACUUUGUGUCCGAGUACAUCCAGGGAGGAACGCUCAGAGAAACCAUUGCCAAAAUGGACACUAACUUUGCGUGGAACGUCAGAGUGAGUUAUGCCAAAGACAUUGCGGCUGGGAUGGCAUAUUUACACUCCGUGAACGUCAUCCACCGCGAUUUAAACUCAUACAACUGCCUGGUCAAAGAGAAUCAGUCCGUGGUGGUGGCGGAUUUCGGUCUGGCUCGUUUGGUGACCGCGGAGAGGAAUCGCAGCAGAACAUCUUCUCUGGAUCAAGCUCCGCGAGGAACCUUGUCGGAGCUCCGCAAGCCGGACCGCAGGAAGCGCUACACGGUGGUUGGGAACCCCUACUGGAUGGCCCCGGAGAUGAUCCACGGGAAAAGCUACGAUGAACGGGUGGACAUCUUUUCCUUCGGAAUCAUGAUUUGUGAGCUCAUCGGAAGGGUGAGCGCCGACCCGGACUUCCUCCCUCGGCGGAACGACUUUGGUUUGAACGUGGCCGCCUUCAUUGAGCGGCACCAGCCCUCGCGGUGCCCUCCGGCCUUCCUGCCGCUGGCCGCCCUCUGCUGCGACCUGGAUGCCGACCAAAGGCCUUCCUUCUCCAAGCUGGAGGAGUGGCUGGAAAAUCUCCUGAUGCACUUGGACAUCGGCCUGCCCCUCCGCUCCGAGGUGGAGCGCCUCCGCGCGAGCUUCUGGCGCAGCCGCGGUUCGGAAGCGGGAACCUCGUCCGCUUGGCCUCCGCGCCGCCAGGGUCCCGAGACGUCUCCCGACGACGAACGCGCUGACAAUCAUCCAGUUCCUCAAAGCGCAAACUGCACACUUCUGAACACUUGCGAGCACCUGAAUCCAAAAGUCGCAGAGCAAAAUAUGAACGGCAGCCCGCCGACGGACGGACCGUUGGUGUCCGACGCCUCUGAAAGUGGCGAACGUGCACGGGACUACUCGGGAGACACCCAAAGCCAAAGAGACUCCUCCCGAGUGGACAGUGUGCCCGCAAACCCAUCCGGUCGGUCCAGGAGGACCUGCAGAGUUUUGUGGAACAGUAACACAAAGGACGAAGCAACAAACGUCCACCGCGUAAAAGCCGGCAUCGAGGAAAAGCCGGCAUAUGUUUCAGUAUACGGUCAAGCAUACGGAGCGGCUGACAACAAUUAGCGAGGACACCGGAAACAACGGCGCGUCGGCAGCGAACGUCAAAGCCAACUGCCACGUGCUUGUCUUCCAAACGCAGCGAGCGUUUGGGGCCAAGGGGAGGGGUGGACAGUUCACGGCUAUUCUGAAGGGACAACUUGAUAGGAGUUCAAGGCACCGACGCACUCAAAAAGCGCGCGUUAGAUCACAAGGUGGAAAUCGGAACCAAAUGUAGAGAGUUUGGAAUGCGCUCUUACUUACUGCAUCACAAGGCACGAAAGUCCAUUUCCAUUUCCAUCCAGAUCGACUUCCCACAAAAGACUCCUCCUACCUCUGUAUUCGACAGAGCACGCUGAUCUUCAUUUUGCACUUGGGUGGGGCUUUUCUCGUAUCGGCCUUGGUCAGAUGAAGCUGCGGUUAAAAGCGGUGAAGAAACAAACUUCACUUGCAUUGACAACAACGACGCUAAUCAUUUAAUGAAUGCACUUCAAGUGUUACUGCUCUGAAAUAAGGCUGUUUGGCGGAUAUUGUAUGACAAACAUUUGAAUGUUAUGGGGUUUUGUUUAUGGGUUGUUGGGGGGUUGUCAUUUCAAACCAUAAAUAAGUUGAAUCCCUUCAUGUAGUUUUACGUAUACACAACUUGAUGGAGAACUACAUUUGACAUUAGAAUCAAGGGUAAUAGUUUGUGCAACUCGGGUGACUGUAAAAGGGGCUUUGGCAACCAAAACUAGUGAUGACAUUAAGGCCCACAGCCCAGGCAGGUCCAAUGUUAAGCUAACUUAGCUCAGGGAUGCCAAGUUAAAAAAAAAAAGAAACGGUCACUCGGGUUUGAUGGUAUUAGUCGUCCUUUCUUGUUUUUGUGU